UUCUUGCUUGUCAAGUCGCGUCUUCACUCUUCUUUAAAAGUUUUCGCAGAUGCUCGCUCUUCUUAACAAGGUUUUUGUAGAGCGUGUCCCAUCCCAUAGGUAGGGAUUUAAAGAGAGAGAAGGAAAUGGAGUGCGUAUUUGGAUUGGUAGGAGAUGGAUUUGCUUUGGUUGUGGCCGAUACUUCGGCGGUUCAUAGCAUACUGGUUCACAAAUCGAAUGAGGAUAAGAUCAUGGUCCUCGACUCCCACAAGCUCCUUGGCGCCAGCGGCGAAAGUGGUGACAGAGUUCAGUUCACAGAAUAUAUACAAAAGAACGUGGCUUUGUAUCAGUUCCGAAACGGAAUUCCGUUGACGACUGCGGCUGCUGCGAAUUUCACUCGUGGAGAACUCGCUACCGCUCUCCGCAAGAAUCCAUAUUUCGUGAACAUUCUUAUGGCAGGCUACGACAAAGAGACAGGACCAUCUCUUUACUAUAUUGACUAUAUUGCCACUCUUCACAAGAUUGAUAAGGGAGCAUUUGGUUAUGGAUCAUAUUUUUCUCUUUCAAUGAUGGAUCGACACUACCACAGUGGAAUGACAGUGGAAGAAGCAAUUGAUUUGGUGGACAAAUGCAUUAUAGAGAUUCGAUCAAGGCUGGUUGUGGCUCCACCAAAUUUCGUAAUCAAAAUUGUGGACAAAGAUGGUGCAAGGGAAUAUGCUUGGCGUGAAUCUGUCAAGGAUACUAGUGGUGCACCUACAGCUUAAAUAUUUAAGUUCCAGCUGACAUCUUCUUUCCUGCUGUUUGUUCUCCUAAAAGGUUCUGAUAUGUUAGACUAUGAUUUUCUUUGAUAUAUUGGUAGGCUCUUAUGGUUAUGUAUUGUUGUUUUAUAUCUUUUGCUACCAAAUGAAAUUGAUAAAACUUCUAUGUGCAUAA